AACACGCAAACAGACAGAGUCCAGAAAUUCUUUGAUUUCAAUUCCAUUCGCUCCAGAAUUUGCUUCGUCCCACUUGGAAAGGAAACAUUUUCCUUUGAUUUACAGGAGCAAGCAAGCCUCUCUUCCCGCCAACACGGAUGCUUGGGUUACCGUCAUUUCACCGUCAACCUUCCUUAAUCUCACCACCACACACUCUGUUUCCGAAGCUCACAUCCAAAGCUUUCUACUUUCACAAUCGAUGCUUAGAGUUCGCUUCUUUGCCUCAAGUUCUGCCCCCAAACGUUUCUGGGUUCCCAAGACGUUUAUUGGCUUCAAAUAUAUCGGUUUGCUUUUCGCCCGAUGAUGAUUUCGAUGUUGAAUUGGGCCGUCUGUUGGCGCUGUUGCCGGAAGAAAUGCGGCAAAGGGUCAGUGAGCACCCUGAGCUACUUCAAUUGAUUGAAGUAGUCAUGGAUUUGGGAAGGAAGCCUCUCGCUAGAUUUCCCUCCGGAGAUUUUGUGAUCUCGGACUAUCCUAUAACGGUUCAGGAUAUUGAGCAUGCAACCUCCCAGGUUGGGGACUUUGCUGUUGAUAAUCGAGCAGGAAUCAGUAGGACAUUACAUCGAAUUAGUGCCAUCAGAAAUCGGAAAGGUGCAAUUAUUGGUCUUACUUGUCGAGUUGGCAGGGCAAUAUCAGGCAGUGCUAAGUUGUUGCGAGACUUGGUUCAAGAUGGGGCCUCUUUGUUGCUUAUUGGGCCUCCAGGAGUGGGAAAAACUACGAUCAUUAGGGAAAUUGCCCGGAUGUUGGCAAAUGAUUACAAGAAGCGUGUGAUGAUUGUUGACACUUCCAAUGAGAUUGGUGGUGAUGGUGAUAUACCUCAUGCAGGAAUAGGUAGUGCUCGUCGGAUGCAAGUUCCUGACUCUGAAAUGCAACAUAAGGUGUUGAUAGAAGCAGUAGAAAAUCACAUGCCGCAAGUAAUUGUAAUUGAUGAAAUUGGUACAAAACUUGAAGCAAUGGCUGCAAGUACAAUAGCACAACGAGGGAUCCAGCUUGUUGCCACAGCUCAUGGAGUCACAAUUGAGAAUUUGAUAAUGAAUCCCUCAUUAGAGAUGCUUGUUGGAGGAAUACAGAGUGUGACGCUGGGGGAUGAAGAGGCCAGCCGCAGGGGUGUUCAGAAGACUGUACUGGAGAGAAAAGGUCCAUCAACAUUCAGUUGUGCAGUUGAGAUAAUUUCAAAGACAGAGUUGCGGAUUCACCGUAGCCUUGAAGCAACUGUAGAUGCUAUUCUUUCAGGUCGCUUUCCACAUGUGGACAUCCGCAAGAUGGAUUCUCAGGGACAGGAAGAAACCAUGCACGAACCUGUUACAAGCAGUUCUGAAAAGAAUGAUGAACUUAUGCUUGAAGAUGGUCCAGAAAUGUCUGGCGACCAAACCUGGCAAAAUGAAACACUUUCUCGGUUGCCUGUUGACAUGGUUGAGAAUUCAUGGCAAAAUGGAUUACCACUUCGCCUUUUUUGUUACGGGAUUUUGGAGGCAACAAUUAUGCAAGCAAUUAAACAGCUGAGAAUGAAUGAUAUGGCCCUUCAAUUGACUGAUAAUAUUAGUGAGGCAAAUGCGUUGCUUGCCUUGCAAUCGAAGCUUAAGAAGAAUCCUCGGAUCCAAGCUGCCGCUAAGUCUCAUGAUAUACCCAUUUAUGUAACUAAGACAAGUUCAUUGGUGCAAGUAGAAAAAGCUAUACGGGCACUAGUAAGUGACUAUGAAGAUGGUUUAAAGGUGGUUGGAUCUGUAGAGAACAUAAAAUUGUCAGAGAAGGUUGAUGCCUUGGAGGAGGCAAGAAUGGCCAUAGAGCAUACUGUAAUCCCAAAAGGAGAACCUGUUGAUCUCCUCCCAAGGUCAUCUGCCAUAUUAUCACUUCAGCUAGAACUUGCACAAAAGUACCAACUAGAAGUAAGGAAAAUCACCGGAGAUUCUGGUGUACAUCUAUGCAUCCUUCCAAACCAUUAUAGGAUUGAUGAAGAAAGAUUAGACAGUGAAGCUUCUGAUCCUGACGUUGAAGGACUUGAUGAGUUUGCCUCUCCCAAUGGCAGUGUCAAAGGCUCCCCUUGCAGCUUGGACAGGCUGCCCCUCCUGCCUGAGUGACUGUGUAGCGCUUGAAAAGGCAUGGGAUUGAACACGGAACCUAGUGCCACAAAGGUACAACUUGGUACCACUAAACCCCAAGGUCUUCAGUGUAUCUUACGGUUUCUGCUCAUCUUGUUUUGAUUAGUCUCAUAUGAUUAGAGCCCUAGUAACAAUUAUGCCUUCUCGGAUCCUUGAAGUUAUUUUGUGAUAUAGUCCUACUUGAAUCUUGGAAACUUACGGUUAUGUUUAGUAUAUUGAAAAGAAUUUCAAGGGAUUGAAUGAAA